AUGGAACUUGUAUCAGACUGUUCAUUGUCGCCACAUUCGCCAUCUCGUGUCAAUUCACCACUUCAAGCCCCUCCUCCUCCACCAAUUAUAGCUCCUCCGCCACCUCCUCCAAUUUUACCGCCUCCUCCACCAAUAACUCUUGCAGGUCCUCCACCACCGCCAUCACAUCAUGUUCCUAUGGUGUCUUUUAUUCCAAUGGCUCCCACAUUGCCCGUUCCAAACCUCGCAGUGCCUCCUCAGCCUCCACUGCUUCCACCUCCAUUUGCUAUUCUUCCUCCAAAUUUUGGGUUACCACCGCCUUUACCGGUGUUUUCGGCGCAGGUACCUAACCAGACAACGGCUUCACAUUUGGGUGCUUCAUCGGCUAGCGCUGCUCCAACGAGUGCUCCUCCUCCACCGUCACAGCCUCCAAUGAUGCAUCCACCACCUAAUAUGAAUAGCAUGGCGAAAGGUCCUCCUCCACCGUCACAACCUCCGAUGAUGCCUCCUCCGCCUAAUAUGAACAACAGCAUGACAAGCGGUCCACCCCCACCAUCACAUCCUCCGAUGAUGCCUCCACCACCUAACACGAAUGCUAUGACAAACGCUCCUAAUCUCGCUAUGCCUCCACCAUUUAAUUCUGCUCAAACGACGAUCUCCAAUGUAUCCACGGUCGUCAAUCCUCCUGCGAGUUCACGACCGUCCAAUGUGCCUCCGUCUUUCAGUGGAUCUCUUGGUGGUACUCCUCAGAAAGCGACUGUUGAUGAUGCUGCUCGACCCGAUUUGCCGAAACCUUGCUCACCGAAGAAUCGUUCAUUCGCGGAAGGCUUGAACGCAGGAGGAUCUAAACUUAGCAAGCUGGAUGUUCCUGCUAUAUCGGAUUUACCCUACAAUACCGAGAGGUGGCGGUCGAGAGAUCGUGCAGAAAGACCUGAAGCGCCUGAUGGAGAGGUUCUUGGUGGUAAUAAGUUCGGAAGAGUUGAUUCCAAGAAACGGACAAAGAUCCGCAGAUAA